UCAACCGUAUAAAAAAUUGCAAUAAAGUUUUAAUAAAAUUAUUUUAAAAAUGACGGAUCAAAAUGGCCAUAUACCGACUAACUCAGCUCAUACUAUCCUGGAUAUACCCACAAUAAAUGGCGUCGGAACAACAUCAGUCAUUCAAUUGAACAAAAAUGUACCGUUUGAGAAGAUCGAAGUGAUUGAUAUUGAUACUUACCAAGGAGAAAAUAUGACAAGCUACGACGAUAUAUUGCAAAGAUGCCGCACAGCUUUUGCCAGUGGAAAAACAAGAGAUGUCAGCUUUAGAAAAAAACAGUUGGAAAACCUAUUGCGAAUGUAUGAAGAGCAUGAAAAUGACAUGAUCAAUGCUCUAGACGCUGAUCUGCGUCGUCCCAAACAAGAAAGUUUGGUCGUUGAAACAGAGUUUAUGAAAAAUGACCUAAAGCACAUUUUGUACAAUAUAAAUGACUGGGUAAAACCGGAGUAUCCAGAAAAACCAUUGGUCAAUUUAAUGGACGAUGUACAAAUUUACAAUGAUCCUUAUGGGGUUGUACUUGUUAUUGGCGCUUGGAAUUAUCCCCUGCAAUUGUUAUUGGUGCCCGUGGCAUCUGCCAUUGCAGCUGGCAAUUGUGUUGUAAUCAAACCCAGUGAAAUUGCAGCCAACUGUGCCAAGUUCGUACAAGAAACUUUACCAAAAUAUUUGGACAAUGAGUGCUAUCCUGUUGUCUGCGGUGGCCCUGAAGAAACAUCAGAACUGCUGAAACAACGUUUCGAUUACAUUUUCUAUACUGGCUCCACACGUGUUGGCCAGAUUAUACAUGCUGCUGCUAACAAAUAUUUGACUCCUUGUACUUUAGAAUUGGGUGGCAAAAGUCCCUGCUAUAUUGAUAAAUCUGUAGAACUAACGACUGCUGUUAAGCGUGUUUUGUGGGGCAAGUUAAUAAACUGUGGUCAAACAUGUAUCGCACCCGAUUAUGUUUUGUGUUCCAAAGAAAUUCAAGAACAAUUUAUCAAAGAAGCCAAAGUUAUUUUAAAGGAGUGGUAUGGUGAUAAUGUUAAAGACAGUCCUGAUCUCAGUCGUAUUAUAAAUAAAACUAAUUUUGAACGUUUGGUGUCUUUAAUGAAACAUGGUAAAAUUGCUAUUGGUGGCAAUCAUAAUGCUGCCGAACGUUUCAUUGAACCAACCGUGAUUGUUGAUGUAAAACCAGAAGAUCCUGUUAUGCAGUCAGAAAUUUUCGGACCCAUCUUGCCAAUUAUUAAUGUGGAGAGUGCCUAUGAAGCCAUUAAAUUCAUCAAUUCCAGAGAAAAACCUUUGGCAUUAUAUGUUUUGAGUGAUUCUCAGAAAACUGUAGAAUUAUUUAGAGCUCAAACGUCCAGUGGAGGUUUUUGCAGUAAUGAAACUUUAAAUCAUUUUACAGUUGAUGUUCUGCCAUUUGGAGGUGUUGGCUCAAGUGGUAUGGGCAGUUAUCAUGGUAAAUAUGGCUUUGAUACGUUCACCCACAAAAAGUCAUGUCUUGGUAAAAAUUUAAAACCUCUUGGAGAAACGCUAGCUUCUGGUCGUUAUCCCCCAUAUUCGGAACGCAAAGCGAAUAUUUUGAAUUUCUUGUUGCGUAAACGUCGCCCAUUCCCCAAACUGUAUUUAUCCCACAUAUUUAUGUUUGGUUUAGGCAUUGGAUUAACAUUCCUUGCAAAUCAUUACAUGCAGGGUAAACUGUUUUCGCGCUAAACUAAAAUGUACAAAAACACACAAUCUGUACCAUUAUUAAUAACACCGUUCCUCCACACCAUCUACAAACAAGUCUAGGAUGGCGUUGUUGUUGGUUGCAGUUUUCCGUUUUGAUCAGCAUCGCUUACAUCUUCGCAUAUUUACAUACUAUAUAACAUGCCUAAAGGAAAACUGAUCUUACACAUUAUUUUCUUCCUCUGUCUACUUUUAGCAUUUAUAAUCUUAAACACAACAACACAGCUUUACAUUUUAUCUUUCUACCUCUUUUAUCCAGGUUGGAGUAAAAUGUUAAAUUCAUUGAUUGGUUUUCAUUAAAGAACAUUGCAAAAAAUUAACUCAUUACUACAUAGUAUAUUUAUUUUAAUUAUUGUUUGCUACAUAAAACGCCAUGGCAUGUUGGGCAAAACGUAUGUAUGUAGAAAAUACUUUCUUUUAAACAUUUGUAGAUUGUUUAUCACACAUUAUAAUACAUAUAUGUAAUUAUUAUUUUUUUAUUAAAUUUAUACGAUUUGUUUCCUAUAAGUUUACAUAUAAAAUAAAUAAAGAAAAUCACCAAUAAAAAAAAUAGUUUUUUUUUUAGUUUGGAACAUUUCAUCAUUACAGAUGGUAUAUACAUAAAUGAAAUAAAUAUUACAUUAUUGGAAAACUUUAUUUAUAAUUAUAUAUUCAUACAUAUACUAUAUAGAGUCGUGGGUAGUAAAUAGUGGUCAUACAUACAUACAUAUAUUAUUUAUAUUGUACACUAUUAAUUUUAAUUAACCAUUUUCUUUGUUUUGCUUUCAAUUUCAGAGUGAUAAAAACUAAUACAUAAUGUUCAUGUUAUUUAAUUUUAUAAAAAAGUGGUUAAUGGAACUGGUUUUCAAAUCCAAAAUUGUUGUAAAUUUUUUUUUUUGUUAAAUAAAUAACAAAUUAUUUUUAAUGUUAUAUAUAAUGUAAUUCUUAAUAAAAUUUAUAAAUUUAUAUUAAAA